GCUGUCUUCACACUUCAGAACAGCGGUUCAAUCUGUUUAAUAUUUCUGUCGGCGGGUGGAGGAGGAGGAAGAGGUCAUUUCUGCUGCGGACAGUGAAGAAAACAAGCUGUCACUUCCAAGAUCUGCAGGAACCACCCACUGACCCACAGUGCAUCACUCAGCUACUGACAGUUAUGGCAACAAUUGUAAUGGAGAGAAUUGGGCGUGUGUUCAUCAGCCUGCAGCACAUCAGGGAGGUUCCCCGGAUGCUGACCGAGGCGGCGCCCUCCAUGCCCGGCACUGUGAGAGACACCGAGGUUCCCCCCUACUUCAGGGAGCGCUACGUCUGCACUGGCUACCGACCACUCAACCAAAGCUGGCGAUACUACUUCCUGUCUUUAUUCCAGCGCCACAAUGAGACCAUCAACGUCUGGACUCACCUGCUGGCGUUUUUGGUUUUUCUGGUUAAACUGCGGCAGCUCACUGAGACUGUGGACUUUGUAGGCGAUCGUCAUUCUUGGCCCUUGCUGGUCCUCAUCCUGUCCUCCUUGACCUACUCAGCAUUUAGUGCAGCAGCUCACCUACUGGGUGGCAAGUCUGAGCAGUGUCACUAUACCCUCUUCUUCCUGGACUAUGUUGGUGUAGCACAGUAUCAAUACGGCAGUGCUAUAGUUCACUUUUACUAUGCUGCGGAUGAGAGCUUUUAUAGACAUGUGCAGGGGAUCUUCAUGCCCGUUGCCACUCUUCUCAGCUGUCUGUCAUGCCUUGGAUGCUGUUAUGGCAAAUACUGCAACCACAGCCUGCCAACCUGGGUGCGUAAGGUGUGCCAGGUGGUUCCCUCAGCACUCGCCUAUAUGUGGGACAGCAGUCCUGUCGCUAAAAGACUCAUGUCAUGGUCUACAGCCAGCAAUGACCCAGCCAUUAUCUAUCACUUUGGCCAGGUGGCUUUCUUUCUGAGCUGUGCCUUCUUCUUCACCUACCCCCUGUUAGAGCGCUGCCGACCAGGGCGAUGUGAUUUCGUGGGACAAAGCCAUCAGGUUUUUCAUGUUUUUCUAUCUUGCUGCACCUUUUGUCAGAUCCACGCCUCCCACCUCGACUUCAUAGGCCGUAGGGAACUGUACUCACGUCUGCACAGGAGCGACGAGGCCGCCCUCUUUGUGGGACUGUAUGCCGUCACUCUGGUUGUAUGCCCGUUAAUUGCUGCCUUCAUGAUGAGGAAAGUUAAACAAGUGCUUGACUUCAAAUCCAAGUCCAAAUAAUAGACUUGAUGUUUUAGGAUCUGUGUACAGAAUCAUUCUUGUGCCUUCCAGACUUGCUGCUUUGAUAGAAGGGAAACUAAUUAUAUUUGCUGGAGGCUCGUAUUUAGUAAACUGCUGUUGAAAUUUAAACAUUUUAUGACAAUUAACUGCAGAUUACACAAUAUAUACAUAAUAAUAUUAAGAGUUAGUAUAUGGUACUGAUUUGUAUUUUCAGUUUUGUAAUUAUUCACACUAUCAGCAUUUUCCUGCAUCAGCAAAGGCAAAAUCAGAUUCUCAAAAUGUAGUAAUCACUGCCUUUGAUAUAUGGCCAUUUACUAGUUUACUGUUGUUGGAAUUUAUUUAUCCUACAAUUCUGGGAUAAUAUAAUGUAAAGUGUUUUUGAGAGUAAGGGUUUUGUAAGUGAGGUUUUGUAAGUGAGGUUUUGUAAGUGAGGUUUUGUCCAUACUGUGGGUGUACUUCAAUGUUCAAGGUUCAGUUGUUUGUCAUUUUACAACAAACGGUUGUACAACGACAUACACAUUGCAAUCUCUUUUUGCUUGUCUAGGAAAAAAUAUGUUUUAUGCUGGACUGUCGAGUCUCACAGCCUGAGAAAAGAAGCUGCUCUGUAGUCUGGAGGUACAGCAGGAGAUACUUCUGUAUCUUUUGCCAGAUAGCAGCAGGAUGAAUAGGCUUUUGCUGGAAUGGUGGGAGUUUUUUGUUUUUGUUUCUUUAAAUUAUAAUUCUUGAAGUGGUUUAAAGGUGAUUCACUGAUCAAAGAUUGUGGGAACAUUUUUGCACAGCAUUCCAUAUAUCCAAAUAAUCCCAUCAAUACCAUUAUACCAUACCAUACCAUUAUACAAGAAGUUAAAUUAAAGAGGUGCUUUCAUCGGACACUCCACACUGCGUCAGCUUCUUUACAAGGCUGUGAGUGAGGGGCACACUAGUCUUGCCUAUCUGGACUUAUUUCCACACUUUGUUUUGUUGCUGUGCCAGUGCCAGAGAAAGGAGCACACUGGACUGCAUCUCUCUGUCAGCACUGAAGAAGUUACAGGUAGUUGUGAAGUUAGCUUUUGUUUGUGAGAGCUGUUCCACAAUCGCUUGUCAGAGCUAAAUUUAGCUUGUUGCCCUGGCUAGCUAGACUUUUUUGCUUGAAUGUGACAACAUGCUUUUAAGUGAGUUUAGUUACAAUAGCUAUCGAUGGCAUAACGUUCUCAAGCUGCAGGAAACAAACAAGCUUUUCGAAUCCCUUGCCCUGGACCAGUGCAUCACAGUUUCUCCUCCUUGCUUAGCAGCAAGAUGAUCUUUGGCAGACAGCCAUCAUCAGACAUGGCAGCAGGGUAUGUUGUUAGUAUGGUACAGUGUAGUGCCAGUACUACUAAUAAACUGAUACUGAGUAUCAUUAAACAUUUGAACUAACAUUCUGUUGCUUUUCUGAUGGAAAUGUUGCCACACUGAGCUUCUUGUAGUGUGCUUUACUUUUUACCUCAAACUGUUUGCAGUUUAACUCAUAGAGGGCCGAACCAAUCAAAGAUUUUCUCCGUGGUUAACGAUCAAAGGUCUACAUGCCUAGUUUGUACAUGAUGGAACACGGUUAGCAGAGCUUCUAGCAUCCUCCUACCCUACCACAUGGUGUGUUUAAACAAUGGGGCCGACAUCUGUCUAUCUUUGGUUUCAGACAGUUAAAUCACUGUUGAUGAGAAGCUAUGUAAUGAGUUGUCAACUUAGCUCAGUUUUGCUAGCAUGAGUUUGAUUUCACUGCACUUUUAGAUAUUAUUUAAUGCACUGUCUGUAUUUAGUGUAUUUUGGAAAGCUGGAUAUGAGGGACCUUAUACAGUAUAUAAUCAAGUCUUAAUUAAAAUGUGUCUUAUUAUAAACAGGCAGUUUAAAUGUCUAGACUGUUUUGUAUUAUGUACUGUAUAUGAGGAUGUCAGCAAUCACUGUAAUGUGUCUUGUUGGAAAGCUUUUACUGCCUUUUGAAUCACAAGGGAAAAGUGAAUGUAUGUGUUUCAUGAGUGUACUAAUUAAAGAUAAAGUUACUGUGAUAAUGUUUGUCUAUGGGAAAUAAUAAUGCCUACUACUGACCAAAAUGUAAGGAAAUGAUUAAAUAAACAUCUCUGACAUAG